UAUAUAUAUAUAUAUAUAUUGUGUAUAUCAGAUAUACAGCAAGAGAGGAUAUUGUUUGCUCUCGUUGACUCUGAGCGUAGCGAGAGGCUGCUGCUGCGAAAUAAAUACCGUGUCUGCCAAACGUGGAGGAUCUAGUCGAUCCGGCUUUGAGUCAGCGAGAUUUAUCACUCGGGAUGGGGACACAGGGAGGAAAGGGGGCAUGGGGGGAACGGGUCACAGAGUUUAUCGCUAAGGCAGGCAAUCGUGUCUCGAAUGCAACGCAAGAGAAAACUAUAGAAACUGUAUAGAUACGGAAUGGACUUUGUUAUUGUUAUUGUUUUUGAGGUCUUCGUUGGAGGAACAACAAAUGCUUGAUUGUUAUUGGUGCAUACGAUGUAUUUUCCAACUGAUCAUAUCCAAAAAUAAUCAUUUUGAUGAUUGGAAAAAAAGAGAAAAAAGAAACGAUAGAAACUUUUCAGGAUCGUACAGUAUUUAAAAGUACUUCGAAAGUAUCGUUCUUCUGUCUUCUUGCGUUUCUUUCUCGAAUCUUUGGUGUAUCUCUUCUACUUCUUUUCUUUCUAUUUUUUAUUUUCUUUUUUCUUUUUUUUUGUCUUCUUCCAAUUUAAGAAGUUCGAGAGUUCGUUGAUCCACGGUGAACUUGCAAAUCAAGGGCCAACUGACUAGUCUGAUCCGGAAUAUUUUAAAGGUAGGAAAGCGAGAGAGAGAGCGAGAGAGAGAGAGAUCGGGUUUCUAAACGGGAAGCAACGAGGGAGAGAAUCGGUGGGUUAAUGAAAUUAGCAUCGCUAUGACGACAAGCAAUGGUCGUGUAUAAUAAAAGUGACUACCGCUUUGCCAGUUCGACGACGAUGACGAUGACGACAAGAUCGAGGAAGCGUUUAACUUCGACGUGUCGGUAUAAACGAUAUAAAUGAAUGUAAGAAACAAAUAAACGAACGAACGGGCUAACGCGCUAACGCACUAACGAACGAACGAACGAACGAAAAAAUAUAAAAAAUAAUAAAAAAUGAACGUCGAUCGUGUUAAAUGUUUACGCGAAUAUACGAACAUAUGUAAAUCGAUUGAGAAAAAUCGCGUUUCUUGAUGACAGAGACGGGUGUUAAAAAGAAGAAAAAAAAAACUAAACAAAAACGGCUUUGCCAACAUAGCCGAACGAUUUUUCUUUAAGACUCCCGACUGUUCGACGUCGCCGCAGAAGCCGUACAAGUGUUUUAAAUCCGCUCAUUGACCAAGCCAACUUCCCACGUAUCCAGUUUGGCCGUUCUAACGUUUUCGUCGCGAAUCAUCUUGCGUCGACUUCGAAACAUUUAAAGCAAUAUCAUCGUUACGUCAGAUGACGUUUAUAUCAACAUCUAAAAUCACUUGGGAUCUUCUUCUCUUCGUUUCGUGUAGUGUUGUUCCGAUAAAAUUCGUGAAAGAAACUAGUGUGCGAUCGGCACCGUUAAUGAUGUUCUAUCUAAAUGGAAGGGUCGCCAGUGGUGGAACUGCUAGGAUCGAUCGAUCACUACCAAACGAGGAAGAUGAAUUUGGUUGGUUCGUUGGCGGCGUUGAAUAUGAUGCUUCCACGGCUAUGAACGAGAGUAAGGAUUAUCAUUCCUCAGGCUCGUCAACUUCUAUGUUAUCGUGUAUUGAUUCUGACGAGGCCGACGCUUACACCUUUGCAUCUGAUUAUUCGAAAAAUCCUGAAGAGGAUGAAACCUCUGAAAAAAUAGAACUCUCCAAUUUAACUCAUCCUAAGGAAUUGUGCAUCGAUUUUAUCGAAAAUGAUGCUCGCAUUAAAAAACUGGGUAUAACAACAACAGCAACAACAACAACAACAAUAAACCCAACAAAGGAUAAUGAUUUUCACGAUGAAUUAGCAGGCGGUGAACCGAUAAUUCAACAAUCACGAGCCAUGUGUUAUACUCCAGAAAGAUUGGUGAGAUGCGAGGAAUAUCGGAUUUUAAUUCCGUCCCCUCGAUUUCUCUCGAUAUCUCGGAUCAAUUCUGAAAAUGAAAAUACACGUAAAACAAAGCUAUCCAAAAGACGAUUGAAUUAUCUCAUCGAUUCUAAACAAAUUGGUGGUCCACGUUUAAGAGCUUUGCUCGAGUCGUACGAGGAUAAUUCAGAGAUUCAAGUAACUAGAACGAGUACGUCUAAUGUCGACGUUAAUACGACGGACAUCCUUCAGGAUGACGCCGUGCUCAAGAGGACACAAUCGAUCGAAGCUUCGAAAGGUUCAAUAGCAGAUACGGUCAAUAGCAAUAGAUCGAGUUACGAAAGACUAAGUGUUACCUGGGACGAUUUAAAGAAGCAAGCAACUCGUCGAUCAUCAGUCGAAGAUACUUCUGGCAUUCAAAGCAACGAUUGGAGUUCCGAAACACAAAGUGAGACACAAAUGAAUCCUCUUUAUCUUUGCGACGAACUUCCUCUGACAUCCGGUGGUUGUGGCAGUGACUUUGUCCAGGAACUCGAAAGUAAUCCAGAAAGAGCUCGGAUCCUUUUGGACGACGAUCGUUUCUGUGAUAAAACCUCUUCUCACGAUCAUUUAACAAGAUUAGCUCUUACCAUCGAGACCGAUGGAAACGUACCACCUGUCCUUGGAGAACCAGAGAAAUCUGUCCAUUAUCUUCGAAAACGUGUCGAGAGUCUUCAGCAUGCGAGUAAGGAUAUCUUCAAGGAUAUUUGCGAACUUAGGAAGGACUUCGAGUACGAAGAAGAAAAGUUGCUUGAUUUAUCGUCGAAUGCAUCGAAAUUGAGACAAGAUAUACACGAGGUCAAAUGCAUCGACGAUCUAUUAAGGCUUUUACGUGGUGAACUUGAAAGGAUAUCGAACAGGAACUGGCCAUUUGUACUCGGUCAUACUGAACAACAAGAGGAAAUGAAUUUAGUCGUUUGAAUUUCCUUUGAAAAUUCCUCGAUUAAUUUCGAGGAUACGAAGAGAAAACUUUUCGAAAGGAAUCACUGCCAUAGAAUCGUUUAUAAUAUUUCUUUUUUUUUCAGAAAAAGAAAAAAAAAAUUAAAAAAAAAAGGGAUCCACAAAUGUAUCUAGCCUUAGAUAUAAUUUGUUAGUUCAUUCAUUCAUUCAUUCGAUGUUAUCUUUUUUAAAAAGAAUUUUUAUACAGAUCAUCAUAAAAUUGAUAUACUGAAUAAUAUACAAUCUGGUCAAAAUGAAAUUCGAUUUUUAUCGAUAUAUAUAUCUAUAUAUCGUUUUUCGAAGCAUUCUAUUUUACUUGACUUCUUGUCUAUGUAUGUUUAUAUAAUAAAAUGGUAACAUUA